AUGGCUACUGCAUCUGCAUCCAUGUUGUGCAUAGUUAUUGUUAUCUGUAGCCUGCUGUCUACUCCAUCAACUGCCAAUCAUGAAGUAGAUGCGCUGAUUGAUGUGAAGAAGAUGAUAUUAGAGGACCCUUCAAAUGCUCUGCAAACUUGGAAUCCCUCCUCGCCCAAUCCUUGCAAAUGGAAGUAUGUCUUCUGUGAUGCCCACGGCCAUGUCUACACCGUGCAUUUGGCACUCAAAAAUCUUUCCGGGGCUCUCUCUCCCAGGAUCGGUGAUCUUCAGAACCUAUAUCAAUUAUCUCUUGAAUUCAACAAACUCAGUGGUCGCGUUCCAACUGUCGGAAAGCUGUCUGAAUUUGGAUAUAAAAGUUUCCAGGGGAAUCCAGACUUGUGUGGUGAUGUCGUAAAAAAGGAGUGUCCAAGGAGAAGUUUAAUCCCUUAG